GACUGUGGUGGUGGCUCUGGGGUCGGUGAGCGCGGGCCGCGGGCCUUGGGCCGAAGUGAUGCGGCGCGUCGGCAGGACUGACUGGACAAAGGGGCGUAGCGCCGGGCGCUCGUGCCGGGGAGGCGAGGGCUGGCGCUUGUGAGCCUGGGCGGUGCCGCUGGGGGCGGGAACGGCCUGGGAGACCCCCACGCCGUGAGAACGGCCUCGGGGUCGCCGGGGAUUCGCCAGGCCUGGGGGAACAGACCUGCUCGGGCGGCGGAGGGUCGUCAGGUUGAGGGCCCGUAGGAGCCCGACAGGGGCUUUUGCGCUUGUUCCAGCGCCGGACGAUCGGGGGCAUCGCGUAGAGACUCUUAUCCGGGCGGCCAGGUCGGCUGCCUUCGUUUCCUUUUGCGACAGGUGCUCAUUCCGUCUGUCUUGUCACCGAGCUUGUGUGCUGUUUGUGCCUCAUUUGAGCAAGCUCAGGCUUGGGCCUUUUUGAAUCCUUGGUUUCUCUCCACGUUGAUUCCUCAGGGAAGAAGAGAGAUGCUUAGACAGGUGGCAAGGGUCACAGAAGGUGGCUGCCUGCACGGCCCAGCGCCAUGCACACACUUGUGUUCCUGAGCACUCGGCAGGUGCUCCAGUGCCAGCCAGCUGCCUGCCAGGCCCUGCCCCUGCUGCCCCGAGAGCUCUUUCCCCUGCUAUUCAAGGUGGCCUUCAUGGACAAGAAGACUGUGGUACUGCGUGAGCUGGUGCACACAUGGCCCUUCCCACUGCUCAGCUUCCAGCAGUUGUUGCAGGAAUGUGCUCACUGUAGCCGGGCAUUGCUGCACGAGCGACCCAGCACUGAGAGCAUGCAAGCUGUAAUCCUGGGGCUGACUGCUCGGUUCCACACCCCAGAAGCUGAAGCUGGCACACAUUCCCUCUGUAGGAAGCACACACUGCGGGUGCUGGACAUGACUGGUCUCUUGGAUGAUGGUGUGGAGCAGGACCCUGGUACUAUGAGCAUGUGGGACUGCACAGCAGCUGUGGCCCGCACAUGCAUUGCCCAGCAACAGAGCAGGACUGCUGAACCUGGACCAGCCCCUAUCCCUGUGGAGGUUCGUGUGGACCUUCGGGUGAACCGGGCCUCCUAUUCAUUCCUGCGUGAGGCUCUCCGAAGCAGCGUGGGCAGCCCUCUGCGGCUAUGCUGCCGGGACCUCCGGGCUGAGGACCUGCCCAUGCGCAACACUGUGGCCCUGUUGCAGCUUCUGGACGCAGGCUGCCUGCGCCGAGUGGACCUCCGCUUCAACAAUCUGGGCCUGCGUGGCCUGUCUGUCAUCAUCCCUCAUGUGGCUCGCUUCCAGCACCUGGCCAGUCUGCGACUACACUAUGUGCAUGGGGACUCAAGGCAGCCCUCUGUAGAUGGUGAGGACAACUUCCGCUACUUCCUGGCCCAGAUGGGCCGCUUCACCUGUCUUCGGGAGCUCAGCAUGGGCUCUUCUCUCCUUUCAGGCAGGCUGGACCAGCUGCUCAGUACCCUGCAGAGCCCCUUGGAGAGCUUGGAGCUGGCCUUCUGUGCUCUGCUGCCUGAGGACCUGCGCUUCCUGGCAAGGAGCUCCCAUGCUGCUCACCUAAAGAAGCUGGACCUGAGUGGUAAUGAUCUGUCAGGAAGUCAGCUAGUGCCCUUCCAGGGUUUGUUGCAGGCGGCAGCAGCCACACUGCUGCAUCUUGAGCUGACUGAGUGCCAGCUUGCUGAUGCCCAGCUAGUAGCCACACUGCCCACCUUGACCCGCUGUACCAGUCUCCGCUACCUUGGCCUCUAUGGCAACCCGCUAUCCAUGGCUGGCCUCAAGGAGCUGCUGCGGGACUCAGCGGUACAGGCUGAGCUGCGCACUGUGGUGCACCCCUUCCCCGUGGAUUGCUAUGAGGGCCUGCCCUGGCCUCCACCUGCAUCUGUCCUUCUGGAAGCCUCCAUCAACGAGGAGAAGUUUGCCCGUGUAGAAGCUGAGUUGCACCAGCUGUUGCUGGCCUCAGGCCGUGCCCAUGUGCUCUGGACAACAGACAUCUAUGGGCGACUAGCUGCAGACUACUUCAGCCUGUGACCUCCUGGCUUUGGAUGAGACAGGCCAAGAGCUUUUGCUGGGACUCUGCUGGAGGCCUGACAACAAAGACUGGUCUCAGGUUUCCUGCAGAGUCUGUCUUGCUCCUGGGCACACCUUAAGCAUCCCAUGCUUUCUGCAGUGCCCUGCACCUGCUCCCUAAUGGCUGGCUGACUGUGGGCCCCAUGCUGGAUUUCAGGCCUGCACUACCCUGCUCAGUAUAGCUGCACUUGGCUCUCUGUGGAUGUACCUGGGAUCCCAGCUGUUAUCCAAGGGACACUUCCGGGCCCUUCACAUCUCCUUACCAAGAGCGCAGCACUGUGGGGCUGAAGGUGGGGCGAGGCCUAGGUCCUGAUGCAGCCUUUUGCCUGUACCGUGUUCCCUGCCCUGGCGCUAGAGCCACCCCGCCAGCUGGCUAUGGGGCUGGAGGGUGGUGUCAAGGUACAAACGUGCAGCGUGUCUGGAGUUUGAA